AUGCUGAUGAAUCGUAGAGUGGCUUUUGUCGGUACCGUAAGAAAAAAUAAGACCUUCAUUCCGCAUGAAUUCCUUAACCCGAAGCGUGAUGUUAAGAGCACUUUAUUUUGUUAUCACAAUAAUAAUAUCGGUCUGUGCUCGUAUAUGGCAAAGCCGAAAAAGCCAGUAAUUAUGUUAGCCACUGCCCAUUACCGUCAAAGCACCGAUCCAUUGAAAGGAUUCAAGCCAGAUCAAAUUUUGGACUACAAUAAAUUUAAAGCGCGGGUAGAUACAAUGGAUCAAAUGUUGACUGGCUAUUCGUGCAAACGCUCGACAAACCGUUGGCCACUGGCAAUGUUUUAUAAUAUGCUGGAUAUUGCCGGUUUGGCCUCAUUCAUCAUCUAUGACGAGCUGAAUCCGGCAAAGCAGAGUGAUAAGAGGCGCUCAUUUAUCAUUGAAUUGGCACGGCAGCUAGUUAUUCCACAUAUGACGAAACGGGCGACUAACCCAUUAGUACCGGAAUUUUGUCCAUCGACAUCAGAUGCAACACAGCAACAAUCAUAUGCUCAAGUUGCUUCAAAACGGUCAUCGUGCUACCAUUGUGCUGCUUCUUCUUCGAAAAAGCGACGUAAAACUCGUUAUAACUGCAGCAAAUGUAAUCGUCCCAUAUGUCUUAAUGAAUAUUCCAUGCAACUAUAUAGUUGUAAACCCAAUUGCUCUUCAUAA